AAAUAUAUAAGUAAUGUAACGGAGACACUUACUCAACAAGUCAGUCGAGUCUUGGUUGAGUCUCGUGGUCUUUCAGUCUCAACAUUACGCUCAAACUUAUUUGUGUUGAUGUUGAUUAUAUAUAUGUGUCUUUAGAUGCAAUGUCGCUGCACUCGGUCAGUCUCAUUUAAGUAUUCAAUGUGAAUCGAUACCGAUUGUGAACCGUAAACAUUUAUCAUUGCAUUAAAAUAAUAACCGAUUUAAAUUUAUACGCAAGUAUUUGACAUCAGAGUUAGACUUUGGAACUUAUUUAUUUACUUUUUUUUUUUAUUAACGACUUUGUGGAAGUGAUGGAAAAAAUGAAAAAAUUGUUUGCAAUAAUAAUUAGAAAGCAGCAUCCUUCUGUUGAUUCACAUAACAACACUCCAGCCUAAUGUCUGUAUGGUCGACAAGCACCGGACGCAAUUCAGUGUUUGGUGCCGAGGGUGGACCAACGACCGCAGCUUCCACUCAUCUCACGAUACCAAUUGACGUUCAUUCCCACUCUCAUCUUCACACCACCGAGGGUCACUGUUUCAAUAAACGAUUCUACAAGUGCCAGAAAACAAUGUCACAGUCGGGCGAUGGCCUUCAUACGCCGAGUUAUCUUUCUUGGAGAAAAUUGCAGCUCAGUAGGGCAAAGCUCAAGGCUUCCAGCAAGACAUCAGCAUUACUCUCCGGGUUUGCCAUGGUUGCCAUGGUUGAAGUACAAUUGAGUACAGACACUAAAGUGCCAACAGAAAUGCUCAUAGCAUUCGCUGUAUGUACGACACUGCUCGUAGCCGUCCAUAUGCUCGCGUUGAUGAUCUCGACCUGCAUUCUUCCCAACAUUGAGGCUGUUUGUAAUCUCCAUAGCAUAAGUCUGGUCCAUGAAUCUCCACAUGAACGUCUUCAUUGGUACAUCGAGGUGGCCUGGGCUUUCUCGACACUACUGGGACUCAUAUUGUUUUUGAUCGAAAUCGCCAUACUCUGUUGGGUUAAAUUUUACGAUUUUUCUCAAGUCGCCGCUUGGUCGGCGUGCGUUGUACUGAUACCCGUACUGAUUGUCUUUCUUGCAUUCGCGGUUCACUUUUAUCGCAGCCUUGUCGCUCAUAAAUACGAAGUCACGGUAUCGGGAAUACGAGAACUAGAAUUACUUAAAGAGCAAAUUGAAUCUACCGAUAUUGAAGGUAGAAAUGGCAAUAUGUUGCAAUCAAACACACAUAUUGUUUGAUUU